CGACUUGCUAGCUCGUGCUUGUCAUUCGCUUACUCGACAACAGCAUGAGGACGGAGAUGGUGAUCAGGAUCCGGGGGAGCUCGUCCGAGAAGGGCCACUCCAAGGCCAUGAAGGUCGCAGCGGAAAUCGAUGGGGUGGAGUCGGUGACGCUAGCGGGGAAAGACAGGAACCUGCUGGUGGUUGUCGGCGACGGCGUCGACUGCAACUACCUCACCAGCCGCCUGCGCCGGAAGGUGGGCCACGCCGACAUCGUCGAGCUGCGCACCCUGCAGGACCGCGGGUACACGGCCGGCGGCGGCUACUACGCGUCGUCGCAGGCCGGCGCGCGCGACGGUGGCUAUGCCGCGCCCAGCUACGCGCCGGCGCCGGAGUACUACCACCACCGUCCGUACGAGUACUACCACCAGACGCCGCCGCCGUCGUACCCCUCCACCGUCGUGCACCACGAGUACUACCCGGCCGGUGACCCGAACGGCUGCUCCAUCAUGUAGUAGCUCGGACUUGUUGUGUUGUACUUAACGUAGAGCGUGCUCUCUACGACGUCUACGUAGGUGGCGUGUGUUACUGCGUUCGUGUGCGCUGCUUUCACUACUGCAGUUUCAUACUGGACUAGCUAGGUAUCUUGUCUCUCGAUCGGGACUUGUUUUUGCGACGUCCCUCGUUUCAUUCAUUUGUCCUUUGUAGUCACAUGCUGCGUGUGGUGUGGAUUGUGCAGCUAGUGAUGAGGUGUGAAUUUUGAAUUUUAGUAGAGUGCUAUACAACUAUUAUCUUGGAUUUGAGCUCAA